GCACGGCUUGCGAAAAGGGAGCGAGCGACUGAGAGCUUUAGCUCGUCGCACGGCAUUGUGGGGCAGAGGCGGCCCUUCCUGCUGAGACUGAAUUGAAAGAGUGAUACAGUGUGAGCGAAACGGAGGUAGGCUACCUGAGAAAGAACGGACCGGGCACAGUUACCGUACCAGAUUCAUACUGAGCGAGCGACCCACCGAGAUAUGGGGCAGAACGAUAUCAUGAGUACAGCCGAGGACGUGACAGACCAGUUCCUCCGUGUGACAAAGCAAUACCUGCCCCACUUGGCGCGACUCUGCCUCAUCAGCACAUUCCUGGAGGACGGGAUCCGCAUGUGGUUCCAGUGGAACGAACAGAGGGACUACAUUGAAGCCACCUGGAGCUGCGGCUACUUCUUGGCAACCUGCUUCGUGCUGCUUAAUCUGAUGGGACAGCUAGGUGGCUGUGUGCUUAUUCUAAGCAGAAAUUUUGUACAAUAUGCCUGUUUUGGAUUAUUUGGAAUCUUAGCUUUACAGACUAUCGCAUACAGCAUUUUAUGGGAUGUUAAAUUUUUGAUGAGGAAUCUAGCACUGGGAGGAGGGCUGCUGCUGCUUCUGGCAGAGUCCCGUUCCGAGGGGAAGAGCAUGUUUGCUGGCGUGCCUUCCAUGGGAGAGAGCUCUCCAAAGCAGUACAUGCAGCUGGGGGGCCGGGUCCUGCUGGUUCUCAUGUUCAUGACUCUGCUGCACUUUGACGCCAGUUUCUUCUUUAUCCUGCAGAACAUAGUGGGAACUGCGCUGAUUAUCCUGGUGGCAGUCGGCUUCAAGACGAAGCUGGCAGCACUCACUCUGGUGGUGUGGCUCUUCGCCAUCAACGUUUACUUCAACGCAUUCUGGACGGUGCCCGCCUACAAACCAAUGCACGACUUCCUCAAGUAUGACUUCUUCCAGACCAUGUCUGUCAUCGGGGGUUUACUACUUGUGGUAGCACUGGGGCCAGGGGGCGUCUCCAUGGAUGAGAAGAAGAAGGAGUGGUGAGCCAGCUGCCUCCCUCAUCUCUGCUCACAGCCAGCCAGCUCUGUACUCUACAGCUUUCAACUUUCAUUUUGUGGUGUUUUUGUUUUUUGUUUUCUUUUUAAUUUUUAAUUAGAGAUGGUCAUUGCCGGAUUGUUUUUGCCCUAAUUAUUUAACAGUCUGCCAAAAAGAAGUGUCUCAGCUUUCUCAAUUCUGUUAACAUUGCACACACAUGCUUCAUGUUCCAUUUUUGUUUACCACAGCCCUACCCUAGUUAACACAGGCACCCAGGUCAAGCAAUCUUUGAGGAAAUAGAUUACGUGCCCCUCAGUACACGGUGAAAUGGAGUGAUCAGAGUGUGUUUAUCAUUGUAUCUGGAAUAUAUUAAUUGUGUCUUGUAAUGAAAAAGAAAAUUGUUCUAUAGGACAUUUUGUCUGAAGACAGCGAGUUAAAAACCCAGAAACAAGCUUUAGACGUGCCGUGUUAACGUGGCAUUUUGAUGGUGGACACAGUUCUCAGUUGCAUGUCGGCACUCCUAUCUGUUGGUGUGGUUCUUGACUCCAUGUCACCAUACUGUUUAGAGGCACUGACUAUUUCUCUACCUGAGGUUCCCUAAUGCUGGGUGGGAGAACCUGUAGACCUAGUAAUCCUUAUGUAAUUGGAGACAUUGGAUAUAGUAGGGACUUUGUGGAAAGUAUACUUUUUCUAGUUUAAUUUCCACAAACCUAGUUGGCCUUCUAUAAGUAAAUUGACUGUUUUAUAUUAUUUUGAAAACGGUUAUUUAAUAAAGGUGAUCAUCUGUUUUGUUUAUCAA